GGUUGGAAAUUUGUCUGAUCUUGAUUGAAGCUAAGAACAAGGCCAUAGUUGGUUCGACGAUACCAAAGUUGGUUUGUUUUCGGUGGGUGGUCGAAUACCAUUUUCCUCAACACUCUCUCUUUCUCUCUCUAAACCAAAACACUCUUUCUCUCUCUCUCUCUUGCUGUGUUUCUGUAUUGAAGUGUUUGACAAACCAUGAGUGCUCUUUCGAGCUCCUUCGUUUCACUUCAGAAUCACAAGACCCACUUCUUGACUGGUUCUUCUUCGAAGCCAGUGAACCAUUGUAUUUUAAAUGUUACGCCCAGUAAGCUUACAUCAAACAAAAGGCCACUUGUUGUGCGAGCAGGUAGUGAAAAAAGUACUGCAGGCAUCUUCGUUGGUGGAUUUGUGUUGGGGGGCAUAAUUGUUGGAGCAUUAGGCUGCGUGUAUGCACCUCAGAUAAGCAAGGCACUUGCAGUAGCUGGAUCAGAUAGAAAAGAGUUGAUGAAGAAGCUGCCAAAAUUCAUAUAUGAUGAAGAAAAAGCUCUUGAGAAAACCCGCAAAAUACUGGCCGAGAAGAUUUCACAGCUAAAUUCUGCCAUAGAUGAUGUUUCUGCUCAGCUGCAUGCAGAUGAUGCCCCCCCAAAUGGGGUUGCAGUAUCUUCAGAUGAAAUUGAAGCUUCCAUAUGAUAUAGUAUCUGCAGAGUUUUUUGUUGAACUUGUUACAUGUGUUUGGCAUCGAGAAAUAAUGUUUAAAAUCUUCUUCUCAUUUGUUUACCUUGUUUAUAAGCAUGGUUGAAUACAUAAAAGACAGCAGCUUCUGUAAUUUGAAAACCGUAACUGUUUCUGGAAUAUUUAUUUGCUUUAUGUAAAAAGGAGUCCUUUUGCUUCUA